CUCUGAGUGGAGUUCUUGCUUCAACAGUGUUUGAACGGAACCCCUCUGAGUCCUUCGCUCUUUUUGAACUUUUUUUUUUUUACUAAAUCUUUUUUGCGCCACCCGAAAACCACCGAAACUCCGCAAUGGAAUCCCAGGUGCGCCAGAACUUCCACCGCGACUGCGAGGCUGCCAUCAACCGCAUGGUGAACAUGGAGCUGUAUGCGUCCUACGUGUACCUGUCCAUGUCCUACUACUUUGACCGCGAUGACGUGGCCCUUCACAACGUGGCAAAGUACUUCAAGGAGCAAAGUCACGAGGAGCGGGAGCAUGCAGAGAAGCUGCUGAAAUAUCAGAACAAGCGUGGGGGUCGUGCGGUCCUUCAGGAUGUGAAGAAACCAGAGCGCGACGAAUGGACCAACACCCUAGAAGCCAUGCAGGCGGCUCUGCAGCUGGAGAAGACCGUGAACCAGGCUCUUCUGGACCUGCACAAGCUGGCAUCUGACAAGAUCGAUCCUCAUCUGUGUGACUUCUUGGAGUCCGAAUACCUGGAAGAACAAGUCAAGGCCAUCAAGCAGCUUGGAGACUACAUCACCAACCUGAAGCGCCUUGGGGUGCCCCAGAACGGCAUGGGCGAGUACCUGUUCGACAAGCACACCUUGGGAGAAAGCAGUUAAAUCUCCUCCAAGGAAGAUCAAGCCAGUCUACUGAACGCAUGAAUCCUCUCUAUUAUCUGUGUCUCUCACCGAAGCCUAGACUUUCCUCCUGGGUGUGAUGAAGACUUGCGUGUUUUCUGUAAUGUUCUAAAACAUGCAGUAGCUGCUGUGCUUGUCAACAAGUUUCCAAUUAAAGAUUUUUCAGCAUUCCAA